AUGUCAACUUUGUCUACACUUUCUUUUAUUGAAGAUUAUAAACCUGUUUCUGCUUACUUAAGUAAAUCUAAAGAUUAUGAACCGGCGACUACUUACUCAGAUAGGCCAGUCUAUUCACCAGUUUAUUCAGAUAGACAUGAAGAAUAUGAACCAACACCUACUUGCCAGGAUAAACCCAAAGUUGGUGAAGGAGAGGGUAAAAAAGGGAGCGAGGAAAAGGGAAGAGAAAAAGAGGAAAGGGUGAUGGUGGUUUCUUAA